GUUUUCGCUAAAUCCAUCCCAUACGUUCAGCCUGUAGCUUACUCGUUCACAUAAUUCUGAUUGAACGAUUAUACCAUACAUGCGUUAAUUAAUAAAUAUUGAGCACAAUGCAAGCAACGCAUGGAAGAAGUUUGUUUUGUACAAACAUUAUACUAGUUUGCAAAUCGAAACUGUCGAUUCAUCUCUUAUUUUUCAAAGGCUGUGGUACUGCCCAAAACGUGCAGUAUUAGUUCAAAGGUUGUUUCAGUAUCGAGUCCAUUUGCCAAUUGCCAUAUUAAAGCUUUGCCUUUUAACACACAAGUAGGCCUACAUAAGCUAACACUUUCAUUGACUUUGGAGGAAGUGAUGCCUUUAUACAGAGUCACGCUUCAGAGACCUCUAAACAGGAAGUUGAAACCCAGAGAAGGAAGGAGGAGAUGGAAAGAGAAGGAUGGUGCCAUAGCAUCGCUAGGUCAGCUCUGCCUACGCAGCCUAGCUGAGAACAUGAAAACACUGUGGGUAAAGGACUACGCUGAGAACUACAUGGACCAGUACAACUUCAGACACAUCAUGGGGCCCUUCAGUGAGCUACCGGGGGAGCUGGUGGAGGAGCUAACAUCCUUGCUGUGCUCCAGACGGGAGUUAUCCCGCGCUGCCCUCCACCUCCUCCUCGUUCCCCAGCUCAGGGGCCUAAACCUGGGAUCCUGCCCGGCCCUGGUCACCCCCUCCCUCUGCUCCCUCGUCGCAGCACGUUGCCAGUCCUUGUCCAGCCUGGAUGUAUCAGGGGCCCAGCAGCUAUCGGCCCAGGUCCAGUGUGACCUGCUGGGCUAUCUUCCCUCCCUGCGCUCCCUCUCCCUGGCCGGUACCCAGUGUGACAGCCGGGUGGUGAGGGCGGUGGCCCUUUCCUGUCCUGCCCUUCGCCACCUUGACCUGUCCCGCUGCCCCCUCCUGGCCCCCGCAGGCCUGCUACCACUGGGAGGGGCCCUUGCCUCCUCCUCCUCCAGCCCCACGGCCCCCCUCAGCAGCCUCCUGGCCCUGGACAUCGGGUUGGGGCCGAAGGAGGGGGACCCGGCGGCGGCUGCAGCCUACAUCCUGCUCUCCCUGCCCGGGUUGGAGAGGGUGGCCCUGGAGGGUGUGGGAGAGGCCUGCGGCCUGCUCCUCCGCAGGGAGGGCAGGGAGACGGACGCCUUCGCCUCCAGGGAGGGGGUGUGCAGCCUGGGGGACCUCUGGAGGAGGAGGGUGGAGCAGGGUGUGGGGAAGAGGGAGGGGGCGGCUCUAGGAAGAGAGGAGAAGGAGGAUGAGGAUGGAUUCUGGGGCACGGAGGAGGUUGGGAGUGAUGAUGAAGGGAUGAGAGGGGAGUGGGCCAGGGGGCUGGACACAGGGCUGCGGAGAUGGGCGGGGCAGCUGAAGAGGCUGGCCGUGCGGUUCCCGGGGCCCCUGGAGGAGCUACGGCCGGCCCUGUGCUGCGUAGGGCCUUCCCUGGUCUCCCUCACCCUGGAGGGUGUCAGAACCAGCCCCCACACCCCCCUGGUGGAGCUCCUCCACACCUGCCCCAAGCUGAGGACUCUCCUCAUCCACUGUGAGCCCCCCCUUGCACCCCUGCAGGAAGAGGAAGAGGAGGAAGAGGAGGAGGAGAAUGUUCUGGAUGGGUCUUGUCUGCUCCAGCUGUGCUCUCUCUCACUUCACUUCUCCCGCGACCAGCGCCAACUGAGGCCCGCGCCGUCCUGGAGGGCCCUGAGGGGGGCGCUGUGGCGCCUGCUGGCCGGCUCCCCCCUGCUGGAGGACGUGUGUCUGGUGGCCGUGCCCUGUCCCUUGGACUCUGUCUUCCACAGGGUUCUCCAGACCACCCGGAACCUUCCGGCCAGAAACCCCCCCUCUGCUGCCACCUUGGAAGGGUCCCGCCCGUUGGCACGGUUACACAGCCUAAACCUGGCCCAUGGCGAUGUGACCGGGAUGACGGCUAAGAGGUUGUUUGCGGCCUGCGAGCGAAUGAGAAGCCUGGAUCUGACGGGGUGCUGGCACGUGAAGGCACGCGAUAUAAAGGACAUCCAGCAUGCUGCCACUAGAAGACCACAGGGUCUGACUGUGAAGUGGACAUGAGUAAAGAUCACCACAUAUACCUCUCUAGCACUAUGGUUUCAUGAAGGAAAGAAUGCACUUUUUACUUCCUGUAGUUGUUUCACUUACUAAAAUGUUCUACUGAAUAUUCCUUUUAAAUUCAGCCAGCCAUAAUGGAUUACUAAAUAUGUGGCAGUUGCAGUAGAUGAACUGUACUUUAUACUUUAAAUGUAGUGCCUGGUAGCUGAGAUGUGGUUACUUUGCACCGUGUCUGGAAAAUACAGACCUUUGACUAGACCUGAGUUCCUUGACUAUAACCACCUAAAGACUUAGAACUAUGCACUUCUGAUCCUUGAUGUUCUACUGUGCUUUCCAUAUGCACUUUUUGUAUGUCACUUUGGAUAAAAACAUCUGCUAAAUAAAUCAAAUGUAAAUGUU